UGAAAUUUGAAAUUCAAAAUCUAAGGCCCCCUUAAUAUAUAAUUCCAAAAUCAUCCUUUUGGAUGAACAAAAACCUGCAAUCUCCUCUCGCCGUCUCGUGCAGUCUGCCUCAUUUGAUCUCGCCUCGCCUGGAACUUAUCUGGGAAGUUGAUUUUCUCUCUGAAGCUCAAAGAAAAUGGGUCAGAUCCAGUACUCAGAGAAGUACUUUGACGAUAUCUACGAGUACAGGCAUGUGGUUCUUCCAGCGGAGGUUGCAAAACUGCUUCCCAAGAAUCGUCUGCUCUCAGAAGUAAGUUUUGGUUGGCAUCUUAUCCAUAUCAAUGUUGAUUUAGGGUUAGAACGAAUGGCGUGCAAUUGGGGUCCAACAAAGCCGAGGUUGGGUUCAUUAUGCCAUUCACCGUCCGGAGCCACACAUCAUGCUCUUCAGGAGGCCGCUCAACUACCAACAGCAGCAGGACAAUCUAGCUCACCAAAACAUGCUCAUCAAGUGAAGAUCUUACCUGUGUCUGGAUUCCAGUAGUUCUAAAGCUUCACUUAUAAAAAGCUAUGCUCUUCAAGUUACCUCUUGAAAUUGUACUCUGUUACAGUUAUAUACUCUAUUAAGGCAUUUCGUGUGUUUUCUACAAGUCGCUGUUGGGUUUCUGAGUAAUUGAACUGGUAAAGUCAAAAGCUUCCUUCUCGUCGAAGUUGAAACUGUUGCUUAAGAGUUUGUAAGUGUGUGUGUGUGACUUUCUUGACAUUUUGUGUCUCGGUUGUGUAGAACUUCGCCCAGCUUCAGCUUCUGGAUUCAAUGUGUUUGUUUUGGUAUUUUUGGUCUUUUGCGUGAUGCAUAUUAAGUUUACAUGCUUUUUGGUUCUAGUCUUCUUAUAGUCGGGCCUUUGCUUAUUUUCUUGGCCAUGCCUGGCCGAUAUGAGUUCACUUUUCCUGGUUUGAACUUGAUCUGACAAAUUUCUUUUCUUAUUGUUAGUUCAGUUGGAGACUUAGUUUGUUGUAUAUACUGAUACAGAGUGAAGGUAAGAUGCAAUAAUACAUUGCAUGUAUUGUUUUCCUGUUUUCUUUAAUUUGUCCUAGUUGAAUUUCAUUCAGUGCUUUUCCCAGGGCUGAAACAUGAGGGCAAAUGAUGCAAUAAAUUGCCAAAGUUUUACCAUCUUUAACUUCAUGGACUCUACUAGUUGUGUUUACUUUGGGAAAUUAGUGCUUCAAUCAAGGAUUUUACAGCAUAAUAAAGAAUAAUAAUCCUAGUCUAGUCUUUAGUGAGUUUUUGGUCAGGUGAAUAUGUCUCAUUUUCUUGUAGUGCUUGUCCAUGCGGAUUCAUAUAGGCGCGGAAGUGUACAUAAUUUUUUGAAAUGUUAUUUCACUAGGCAAUGUAUUGUGCUUAAGAAUGGACCGCCUAAUGAAGAUUGAAGUAGGGUCCGAUUAACC